AUGACCUCACCCAUCGCAGUGGUUGAGAAACUCUUAGCAGAUACACGAGUGUGCCUUAAGAUUCAGCCACGGAAUGCGUACCAGGCUGAGGGUGCUUACAUGUCAAGCAUGGAGCGACUAAAGGAGGCACGAGAAAAAAUUAGUGGAUUCAGCGGUGAGUAUGUUGAUCGUUUACUCAAGGAGGUGGACGAAUUGGAGCGCGCAGUAAAUGAAAUGAUACUUGCUCGAACAAACUCCGUUGAAACCCUCCUUGGCGUUGACUUUGGGGAAGAGGAGGGGGAGGAUGGAAAUGAUGAGGCAACCCUUGUCGCACGGGAACUUGAAAAGAAGCGCGAGGAAAAGAAAAAGCGGUCUAAAGCAAAGGCAAAAAGCAAGAAGACGGAGCGCAAGGGGAAAGAGGGGCAAGAAAAGGAAACAGGAGAUAAUGUAGGGGCGGGACCUUCCUCAAAACCUGAGGAAACAGAACACCAGGUGGAGAAUGAAGAAACGACAGUGGUUGGUGAGGUUAAAGUCCUCACCACGUAUGCAGAUUGCAAAAGCCGAGAUAUACCGCAGGAGGUGGUCGGUUCGGGGAAAUGCAUCCCAGUUUUAAAUACCCCGCUGGCGCACUUGCUCUUUGAUACAGUUGUUGAAUAUGAUGGGUGUCCGUGCACCGUUCGGGUGGCGUUACACCGUGCGGUUGUAGUCGCUUUGACGUUUGGGCGGCCCCCUUCAAGCACCAUUGAGUCAGCGAAUGAAAGCAAGGUAGAAGCAACUGACUCCGACAAUGUAGGUGAUGGUGUUGUUGUGCUUCCGGAGGUCGACGACAAUUUGGCAAAAAUGUUGGUAGACGAAGACCUUCUUGUUGAUGUGGAAUCCGACGAGAACGAGGACGAUGUAGCGGAUGGGGAUGCGGAAGAUGACGGUGGUGCCACGGCGGAGCUAUCGAAACAGUUAGUGGCAGAGUUUGACGCCAUUCAGGAGGAAAAGAAACAGGAAGAGGAAGGGGGAAGUAGCAAGAGGCUGCCGUCUGACAUUUCUACGAAGCUGUGGGGUUCAAUUCGUUCCUUUACUUUUCUUCCUUGGGUUAUUCUUAUGUGUCAUGGGGGUUACUUUGCUGGGGGUGUUUUCAUCGAAGGGGAGCCUGUUGCCCACAAAGCGUUCCAGCGAUAUGUUGUCCGGAAGAAGCAAGGUGGAAAGCAGUCCUCCAACGAGAAGGAAGGCGGAAGUUACGGGAGCAUUGGGUCACAAAUUCGUCGAGCGCAGGAAAUUAGGUGGAGGGUGGAGGUUAGAGACAUCUUGAUGCGGUGGCGCAACUAUAUAAACGCUGCGGCGCUGGUCUUGUACGUGGCCCCAGGGCCGAAGAAUCGUGCCGUGUUGACGGACUUUUCUACGUUACCAGCGACAACGUUGGAGAACGGGGAGCGGGCAGUGUCACCCGUCAACUUGAGGGAUCCUCGCGUACACAAGGCUCCACUGACAACACAUCGCCCCUGCUUUCAGGAAGUUCAGCGUAUAUAUGGCACCGUAUCGACCUGCACUGUUGAUUACGUUUUGCAGACUGAUUAA